UACUAUAUUGUAAUAAUUCUCUUGCAUGAAAGAGUCAGAGGAGGGGGUGCAGGAGGUGGCGUGUGAGGCACCGUUCACUGCCGUGGGAGACAUGUGUCUCACCUUCCUCACCCAGGAACACAUGUCCUGGGAGGAGGCUGUGGGCACCUGCACCCUGCUGGGGGGACACUUGGCCAUGUUUGAUGAUAUUGAGAUGCUCAGAAGCAUUUACUUACAUAUACACGACCAAGCAAUAGAGAGCAAAUCAUUCUGGCUGGCGGGCUCGGAUAUGAUUACGGAAGGAACCUGGCUCUGGACCAAUGGAAACUCCGUUCCUAUGGGUAUGUUGUCUCUGACAUACUUAGGAAGGUUCUGCGCGGGGACACUUCACACUCUUAUUUUUGUGAUAUACAAGAUAUACUCAAGCCGUGUCACAGUAAAAAGAUGUAACAAAUGAGUAAAUGAGAGGCAAACGGAAAGAAACAAAAUAAAUAAUGCGCAAUGUAGGAAAUAAAUAUAUGAUAAAGUGG